UAUUGCUACGGUACGCAAUUAGCUUCCACCCACGGAGCCAGUAGUAAUUUUGGUCGCGCCAAAUUUGUUUGUGGGGAAGAAUUUUGAGAAUUCAGGAUUCAGGACAUCAUCUGGUCAAAUUCAGUGCUUCCAUGCAUCCAAGCUUUGACCAUGACGGGAUACUUCCGGCGUUGGACCACCUUCUUCUGUGGCAGCCAAAACUGCGAACGAUUUGUCCCCUUUCAGGGUUCCAAGACAUCCUUUCGAAGCCAUCUCGCAUGGGCCAAGCGUCGAAAUGUCAAUCUCAAGGAGCUUGCGACACAACGAUGUCUCAAAAGCACUACCGUUGUGGCGCUCAUUAUCAACACCAACUUGGCCAUUCUAUACAAUCCAUCCGAGGUGGGGGACGAAAUCCGAGCAGGCCUCAAGGCCGGGGAUUGGCGUACUAUGGGUUUUUGGAUUGGAAUUGCUUCUAGUAUUUCGCUGUUCCUCUCGGUAUUUGCCCUCAUUGCCAACUACACCGCCUAUUCCAUUUUCAAUUCACUGAGCACACAAAAUGCACCCAUCAUAUUGCGAUCCUCCAUUGGAAGAUAUACCUGGCAAAAGUCGGGAGAUCUGGUCAAUCACAGCAUGAAAUCGCUCUUUGUCGUGGCGGCACUCAGCUACAUUGAAAUUGCCCAGCCGGGUCCUCUGGGAGCCACAUUUGCCACCAUCUGGGCGGCUCUCUUAUUCUGGUGCCUUUUGACCACAACGUCCCUGGGGCAUACUAUUAUCCAUACCGGAGCCAUGGGCCAUGAUCCCAUUUUGCGACAAUCCGUGGAAGAAAACAUGGGGCCAGACCAGCUAUCGGAUCAUCUCCUCCAUCAAAUGGAUCUGGCACGAAAGGCCAAAAUUCCACUGAACUACCAAUACCAAAUACCCUUUCACUACGUUCUCAAAGAAAUAGAACGCGGAAACGUUGACUUACCCAUCCCGCCCGACAAGCUAAACAACAUGAGAGAGUCACAAUUUACCAGAAAGUGGCACCGAUACUAGCUAGUCGCGAUCAAUGGAAAAGGGAACGAACAAGUGAUGCGAAAAAGUCAGAAACAACAAUCUACGUGUGCUGCCUGGACCGCCAAUGGACGUUUCCGUAACUUUUUGGGGGGGGUAGGCACCCUCCUGGGGGGGUAGGGGCGAAAAAGAGAAGAAGAAGGAGAGGGUUAGAUUCUAGAUUCCCUGACUGGGACUCGAUCCAUGACACGUACGGUCAUUAACUCGAAACUCUAAGACUACGCGAUACAUACAACAAAAGAGGGGCAAAGGCAGGGGCAGGUGAUUAAUCAGUACCGUCUAUUAAUUCUUUUGGUCUUACCCCGUGUUCUCUAAGCGAAAAAGGUAUAGGAUGUGUCAUCUCUCGCAUUCAAACAAAUCGUGCUACGGAAGCUACAACUCAUGAAUCAAAAC